GGAGUGAGAUCACUUCUGACACUUUCCAGAGAAGCCCAUUCAGCGUUAAUACACCAUAUGGGUACCAGCUCGACUUAGACUUUGUUAAGUAUGUGGAUGAUAUUGAACGAAGUGACACCAUUCGGCGAUUGCAUUUCAACAAACGGCCUGGGGUGGCAAAUGCUGCCUCCGAGCCACAACAGCCCAUAAACCCCACGCACUGGAUUUCCUCAGAGUCACUGUCCUCAGUGAGCAGUGAUGAAGCCAAGAAAACCUCUUCAUCUUCUUCUGUCAACAGCAGAAGACCACCACUUCCCCAUUCCAAACUUAAAACUUCCAGUCAAAGAGCUGAGGUCCCGCAAGACCUAAUCACCUGUCAGAGGAAUGUGGAAGGAAAGCCCACACCAACCACACAACCACCUACCCCAGCCAAAUCCAACCCUGUAGUGGAAAAGACUUUGAUGGAAACAUGCAGACGUUUGGAACAUGAGAAAGGCUCGUUGCAGCAAGCACCUCCCGAGCCACAGCCACGGCGUAGACUGGCCAGUUUUGGUGGUCUGGGAUCUAGUGGUACCUUGUCUCCAUACACAAGCUGGAGUGCCCUAAAUCAAGGUGCUAAGAUGACAGUUCUAGACCAGCCCAGAGAACGCACCUUGCUAUUGGGCAGCGCCCUUAAAAUCAGCCCCUCGAGCUCUGGCCGGGCAUCUCCAGCUAGUGGUGUGAGCCCGCUCCAUCUGCAGAUGGUCAGGGAUCAGAUGGCAACUGCUUUACAAAGGUUAAAGGAUUUGGAGGAGCAAGUAAAGGCCAUACCUCUACUACAGGUCAAGAUCUCUGUUUUGCAAGAAGAAAAGAGACAACUGGCUGCCUUGGUCAAGAGCCAAGAUCAAGAUCAAAAAUCAGACUCUAACAUAGACAAAGAAUAUAUCAACAAACCACCUGUGGAGGGUUGGGAGCAGAACACCAUGUCUACAUUGACAGAUUUCCAACAGCUCAGUGUUGAAAUGCAACUGCUUGAAAGGAAGAUCCAGGAUGCACGUCUUGAAUCUUCAGCCUUCAAGAUAAGGGAUCUAGAGUCUGUUGCAGUUGACAGGGGCAUUGAUGAAGCCUUUUGUAAGGAUGUUACCAUUGGUGCAAAACUUGAGACUCGGUCAGUUGCUGUCAGCGUUACUGAGACUAUGCUAGGGGUGGUAUCUGACAAAGAAGAGUUGCAACAGCAGACCAUACAGAAUUUAACCAACCAUGUUCAGAUACUGGAGGCUGAGCUAAAAGAAGCAAUGCUUAAGUCAGAAAUGGGUCGGAUGAGGAGUGAGCUUCGUGAAGCAGAAGCGAGAAACCGUACCGACAAGAGUUCCACUGCACAACCUUUGGUCAAAUGCACUGCAACUCAGACAGGGUCUCAAAAUCACACUAAUCUUUUGAAUUUGGCUGUUAGGGAAGAAUUAGGAAGGAUUUCUGUUGGAGUCUCCUGCAAACCCGAGGUGAAGGUUGUCUCGUCUGGCGCAGAUACUCCUAUGGUAGAUUGGGAAGUACGAAGAAGAGUAGAGCGAAAAGAUCAAUGUGUUGGAGGCAAGUGUGCAAAAACACAGAGUCAAGGUGUUGGGACAAAAGUAUGCAUGUUUGAUGCCACCACAAUUACUUUAGAGACAAUGAAGAACAGGAGGAACAUUUCCUAUCGAACGGUGGGCUGUGGUGACUAUAUAGUCAAUGCGGACCUCAGACCAAUCAAAUCCUUUGUUUCCCAAGGAACUAUCACUGACCCCAUCAGAAGUGCUGACUUGGGUGUAAUGGCAAUUCCUCAGACUGUGUCGCAGCGUACCAGCACAGCCUUUUGCACUAUCUCACGCAGCACCAGUACUUUGCAGGACUGGGUCUCCGAAGCCAGCACCAACACAAAGCACACACUCACCAGAGAAAGACACACCAACACCGCUAACACAGUCACCAGAUCUCUGGCAAUUGGGGAUGGAAAGAUUUGUGACAGAGUGGCUGCUGUUCAAAUGCGAACUGUUGGAACCACUGCAUACCUAGAAGGGUGCACAAGUUCUCCUAAUGUCCCAAAUGUAAAGACACGUGACAUUGGUGUUGGGAUGGCAAAUAUAAAUGAGAAUAUCCUCAUCGGACUUCAUACACGGAACAUUGCUUGUGGCCCAUCGCGUCUCCCGGAUCCAGUCAAAACGCGUAGCAUCGGUGUAGAAGUGGGAGACGGUAGGAUACGUGACCCAGAGGGUCAGAUGUUUGUGCAGAACGAGCCUGGUCUUGAUCAUUACAUAGAUCGCAUGCAGAAAUUACUUAAAGAACAGCAGGACCUGUUAACAGACAGUCACACUGGGUCAAAACCUGACCUCAUUCUCCAAUCCCAGUUCUACUUAGAUGAACAAAUUGGAGUUACUGAGCACAGCCAGGCAUCACAUGAGGCUUCAGGCAUUAAACCGAAGAAUCAAAUGCAGUUGCAGAUGUCCACUGCUCUUCAUGGCUCGUCCAUUGAUGACCGCUGUGCCAGAUCUAUCAUGAAAAGGAAAAGCACCAAUCUGAUGUCCUCGGAUAGUAUGAAGACUAAAAGUGCAGCAGUUGGAGGUAUUGUGGUCCCCAUUUCUGAGAGUGGUGAUCCUGAGGAUGAAGAGAAGAAAAAGAGGGAGAAAGAAGAGAGCGCCAAAAUUAAAGUGAAGAUUCUUAAGAGAAAAGAAAGGUAUAGAUUCAGUGAGAAGAUGCUUUCUGUGUGCCAAACUCUCGAGGUUCACCUCAAUGGCAGCAAAACCAUAUCCAAUAGAGAACAUCGCUCCUGUCUGGGCACAGUGCAACAGGAGUGGUUCUGUGUGUCCAGUCAAAAGAGGGUUUGCCCACAGAUCGUGGAAGACUUCCUCUUCGCCUGCUGCCAAGUCUCGCCAGACGUCCUCUGCUAUGUGGCCAACAUGGCUGACCAAAAUGGCAACACCGCCCUGCACUACAGCGUGUCUCACUCUAAUUUCAGUGUAGUAAAGGUUCUGCUUGCUGCAGGUGUGUGUAAUAUUGAUCAUCAGAAUAAGGCCGGCUAUACUCCCAUAAUGCUAGCCUCCCUGGCUGCAGUGGAAACUAAAGAAGACAUGAUGGUGGUACAAGACCUUUUCAGCAGAGGUGACGUUAAUGCCAAGGCCAGCCAGGCUGGUCAGACAGCUCUCAUGCUAGCAGUCAGUCAUGGGCGUUUGGAUAUGGUGCAGGCUCUGCUGUCUUCUGGGGCAGAGGUCAACAUCCAGGAUGAUGAGGGCUCAUCUGCACUCAUGUGUGCUGGUGAACACGGCCAUGCUGACAUUGUCAAAGUCUUACUGGCCCAGCCAGGCUGUGAUGCCACACUGACUGACAAUGAUGAAAGCACUGCUCUGUCUAUAGCUCUGGAGGCCGGACACAAAGAUAUAGCAAUGCUCAUCUAUGCACAUGUCAACUACUCAAAGAGCCAGCCUAGGUCACAGAGUUCUCCUCGAAGCAAGACUCCACCUGCUUCUCGUACCAGCUCUUCUGAUUGAUAUGACAUGCUCUCUUCAUCCAGUCAAACAUCCCUUCUGAACUACCUGUUGAAUCACACGACGAAUAUUACCGCACUUCAUUCUCUGCUGUAUAAAUAAGCCAUAUGAUCUGCUUCCUUCAAUACUGAUUGCUAUAAUUCUCAAAUAUUAACACUGCAGUUUGCAGUAUUAAAGAACUAUAUUUUAACAUUGACUGAUUUAUUAUGAUAGAAAGCUGCAUGCCAUAACAGUUUUAAAUGUAAAUUAUAUAAUAUUAUAUGCAUUUUAGGAUACUGUAUAGGUGUUGUGUACAAACAUAUUUAGCUUGGUUUAAUUACUUUUCCCCACGUAAAAUUUUAAGAAAUUU